UGCACCAAUGAGCGCAGAGCUCGUGCGCACUGCGGCCAAUGGCUGGUCCCGGGACGCUGGCGCACAGCCGUUUGAAGGGCGGUCCUCUCCAAAAAGGAAAGUCUGGAUCCCGGAGCAGGGGAGGUUGGGUGGGAAGGUAGAGGCUGGAUUAUUCGGUGUAUUUGUGUCUAGAAGUCUUCACACGGAGAAGUAUUCUGCUGUUCAGAUAGUUUACAGUCCGGUUAAUAUUCUGUAUUCUCCUCUGCUUGUUUAUCCAAAGUUAGUCUGCUUGUUUUUGAGGGUUUCUGAUUGAUAAGAGAUUGGAGCUUAUCAUGGCUUUGAUAGCGACUGACCAGGGCUGCAAACUGAACGGGACCUCAGCGAUGUACGGCAGAGUGGGACCAAGAAAGGAGGUUUUACAGGGCAAAUCAGAGAGCUUUAGAUGUGCCAAAACGCAGCCCAAAGAGACCGAGUAUUCAACAGAUGGUCUGCCUAAAGCUUUCCUGCACAGCUUGAGGACUCUGUUUGACAUUCUGGAUGACUCUGGACGAGGCUAUGUCCACAUCUCAGAGAUAGAGAGUCGCUGGCAGGGCGCAGACACCCGGGACCUGCCCGGUGGGGUGCUGGGCUGCCUCAGGAGGGUCACCCCACCACAUGGCUGCCUCACCUUUGAGCGGUUCGUGGCGGGGCUGCGGUACUCCAUGCUCAACCCGGAGAACAGCCACCACUUCAAGGCCCAGGCUGCUGUUCACCCGCAACAGGCUCCAAAGCAGCAACAGAAACCGGCACCGCUGUCUACAUGCAGUGUGGGGACCCGGGUGGAGAACAAGGUCCGACCGCUGGGGCCGAGCAACGUGAUAAACACCCAGCAGCAGCAACAGCAGCACCGGUCCUCCUCGCUGCAGAGCCGGAUCAGACCGGAGGAGGGGCCCGCGUACCCCGCGUGUGGAGUUGCACAGUACAGCGCGGGCUACGAGAGGUCCGGGCGGAGUUUGGAGCGGAAUCCAGGAGCUCCAGGGGGCGGGUGUUACCGGGCCGACCCGGGUCAGCCCUCCAAACCCACACAGCCCCAACAGAGCCGGGUCAGGUCCAUCGAGUCGCUCGCUCUGGAAUCACCGCAGAUCCAAGGACCAAAUGGUGUUGUGAAAUCAGGUUUACCAAGAUCCCAGAGCGAAUCUGCAACAGGAUUUUCAGGCGGCUCCAGGCGACACGGGCGGAGUCGGGAUGAGCAGAGGCGGCAUACCAUAACCAACGGUGUGGAUUAUGGAAUGUUGAAACAAAUGAAAGAGCUGGAGCAGGAGAAGGACUCCCUGCUGGCGGGCCUGGAGGUGGUGGAGCGGGCCCGAGACUGGUACCAGGUCCAAAUCCACAAUGUGACAGAGAGGCAGCGGCAGGUCGGCCAGAGCUCACACUGCACGGAUUUCUUCACUGAAGCCAGUCAGAGUCGCAUGAAUGUUCUCAUCCCCAAAUUGCAAGAAGUCAACCGCUGCCUUAAUGACCUUAUUACCUGCACUGGGAUGUCGUUUCCUUCCAGCUCUGCUCAAACAGCAGCGCUCUCAGCUAAUUCUCAGCUUCCUGGUCCAGCUCCUCCACAGGCCAUCCAGAGACUGAAGGACCAGAACCGUCUUCUCACACAGGAGGUGACAGAGAGGAGCGAGCGGAUCACCCAGCUGGAGCAGGAGAAGUCGGCCUUGAUAAAGCAGCUUUUUGAGGCACGAGCUCGUAACGCCCAAGACACCAGCACCAUGGACUCCACCUUCAUCUGAGCACAGUGACACUCCACCAAACAACAACAUAAACAUCUCGAGUGUGUUACUGCGAGGAAUCAUCAUGGAGGAAAACUUAUAUAAGACUCGAGCUGGCUGUUGUUUACCCACUUUUGUAGCAGUGAAGCACCUUUAGCCACAACCAGCAUGUGACCACUCCACUUUUAAACCAGAGCACGUACUACCUAGAUGUGAACACGGAGGAGAACCUGACCCGAGGACUUCUUUCACUCCCUGCACUCAAGCUGAUAAAACCUCUGGAGAAACCUCUCGGGUGUCAUGAGAUCCUAUCACUCCACUCCACAGGAUUUUGGCAUCUUCACUCCGACUCCCAAAUGAUUCUGCAGCUCGAACGCACAGGCAGCAGAAAAAACCACAAACUUUUUGAUUCUCAAAGGUAUCAGACAACAGGUGGACAAGGUGUCUUUUGGGAUAAUAUGCCAUAUUCUUGAUAUUAAAUAUGAAAAAUAUCACCAGCUGCUUGCUGUGACCUAUCAAAUACAUAUUCUUUUACUCUUUGAAGCAUGAUCAAAAUGAAAAUUAGGUACUCAUUGACCAUGUCUAUCAGUAUCCCCUUCUUUUUAGUGUCUGUCAUUAAUGAUGCGUUUACUUGGCAUAGGCUUUCUGGGUUGUUUAAUAUGAAACGCAAGUCGACAGAAAGUGCUGAAGGAGCAGUUUUUUAUUAUAGUAGCAUGUUAAAUGUUACAAUGUUAGACUUUUUGAUGUUUUUUAAGAUUGAAAAAAAGAGACAGGAGGGCAGCUACGAGCCAUAGCGGUGUAGAGGCAGAGGCGGAUGAGAGAAGUUUGGAAGUUUGCACGUAGAAGAGAGGAGGGGAGGAUUAUAAACGUGGUAGACGGUGAAUGUGUCGGAGCCUGAGCUCCUGGGUUGGGAGAACUUUUCUGAUGCCACAUCAGAAACAAAAAAAAGAAAGAAAAACAUCACUUUGGUUGUCUAGUCUUUAAGGGGAUUCGUUGCAUGUGUUGUUUGGAUCUUCUGAAGAGAUUUGUGUUUGAAAGCUGGAGAUUAGCACAGGUUUGUCGUGUUGUAAGUGUCCCUUUAUACCAGAAACGUUUGAUUUAGACUAAAACUUUAAAAACAUGCAGCCAUCCACCAGUUUACAAAGACAUAUUUAGUCAGUGGGUGGUGGUAGAAAAUAAAACAUAGUAGUUUCAUAAUGGUUCUGUAUGGUACUGAUGGGAUAUCUGCACAUAACAUUUUGUAAUGUCUGUUUCCCACUUGUUUGAAUGUAUGUUUUUUUGCUGCUCAAACUUCAUCAUGUGUGAGUGAAACUCUUUUCCUUCUGCUUUCUAUCGAGACACUUUCAAUGAAAUGUAAAAAAAAAAUAAAUACUACCAAAAAUUCUGAC